CAGCUUCUCGGUUAUGUCGACAAAUGUUUAUCUGGAACACUUUCCCAUUCAUUUUCCGAGACAGACCAAACAUUUGCCCGCCUCCAGCGCUUGUGGUAAGAGGAGAAUGAAGGAGGGUGGAGGGAUGCAGUACAUGUAGUAAGAUGCGUGGUACUCUCUGCACAGCAACUAUCAAUAAGGUCUCUACUAGUUUUCACAUGUCUAUUCACCGUUUCACGGCUCUUUUAACGGUAUUGGGUUUUCAAUGCUGAUGGUUGUGUCGAACACGGGCAGUGCAAUGCCAUUCAGGAGUUCUUGCUGCAAAACUAGUUUUCACAUCCUUCGGAUUGCGUCCGAUAGGCCAAUAGAUCAAAUCACUUCAUAUGCUAAACCUUUUUGUGUGAAGUAUUUCUAGUAUAUAUAUAGUUUUACGUUGUUUCUCCCUCUUACGUGGACCUUGGCGUAUAUCUGCAACAGCUUUAACACAUGGACCUAGUUUAAAUCAAGGGUGUGAACAGGAUUUUGUCGAUGUUCAAGGUUUCUAAGGAAGAGCAUAUAUAAUUCAUAAAGUGUUUCAUGGAGUCAACAUGCGGCUGUAGUUUCCAGGAUCGUCGCCGAUUAAGGAAAUGCAUCCACUUAAACGAAGGAGCAAAACGACUCUACAUUUUGCAUCAUUUUUUUCUUCAACUGAGAGUUAGACAAUCAUUUUCACUGAUUAGCUAACCCUCAUUAUCUUGAAACCGCUGGCACCCCUUUGACUUUCAAUUAGAAGAUAACGCGCACACAACAUUUGGCGCUUCAAAGGCACGCCCCUCCCCAGUUCUAUUUCAAAAUCCGAAUACGCCACUGGAGCUGUAUCAUGAUCAUGAGAAUAGGAAAUCGGUGGCUAGAUUUUGCUUUUUGUUUUAUUUUCGUUUCCCUUCAGCGUCUUCCGAUAUUCCGGUGGGAAUAUAUAGACCGAGCCCUGAUUUAGUAGGAUAAUACACAUGCGCACUUGAGGUCAGUACGGAAAUUACAGUUCAUGGCAUUAGCCGUGUAUUUAAGACAAAAUCCAGGCGGUUAUUAGACCCACCAAUUUUAUUAAAUUCUUACUCGCGCAUAGUCACAAAGUCUAAACUGGUCUGUUCACCUAUAUCACCUGGCCAAGAUCAAGACAGGAUUAGAAAGAUAUGGCGACAGAGAAACUAACAUCAGUUGAUGGUGAGAUAACCAAGUGCGACUUCGAAAUGGACGCCGAUUUGAAGUCGAAAAAGAGCGGACGGGUAUCAUUGAGCAGGACCAAGGCAGUGGCGGUGGUUGUGGUAUUCGCCGCCAUUGUCAUCAUGGUAGGCCUUCUGUGUUUCUACGAGACCAAGCGGGAAUGCGACCGCAAACACGCAGCUCUCAUGAACGAUCAUGAUGCUGACGACAAAGGUGACAUCAACGACAUGGACAAUGAAGGGGCAGAUCGACCACCGUCCACUCCGCAGAAUAGAUUCUUGACCUACCCGCCUGCAGAAGACGACCCGGGACCAUGGAAGGGCAGACUACCUACUAAUGUCAUCCCCGACUCCUACGAUCUCUAUAUCAAGCCCUACCUCAACGACGAGGACGUCGAGGGGACGAACAAAAGACGGUUCACGUUCGACGGUCGUGUGGCCAUUCGAAUACGAUGCGACAACACCACCGACGAAAUCGUGCUUCAUCUCAGCAACUUGACGGUGAUUUCAAUCACCGUGGUCGAUGCCGAGAACGGAGGCGGCGACAACUUGUAUGAUUCGACGUCGUACGAGAGUCGGUAUUCCUUUCUUCGUAUAUUGCUUACUAAACGACUUGUGCAAGGACGAUCCUACAAUGUUACUCUUGUCUACAUCGGAGAGAUCAGAGAAGAAUGGGAUGGACUCUAUCGUAGUAGCUAUAUAGAUGACAGAGGCAAUCUAUCUUGGAUGGCUGUCACUCAGUUCCAGCCCGUCUCUGCCCGCCAUGCCUUACCCUGCUUCGAUGAACCCAUCAUGAAAGCCACCUUCAACGUUCUUAUCAAGCACAGAACCCACAUGGUCGCCCUCUCCAACGGCCGUGAGAUGGACACCAUCGACCACGGUGACGGGUGGUCUUCGACGAGGUUUGAGACGUCGCCGGUCAUGUCCACGUACCUCCUCGCCUUGGCGGUCGGUGUUCUCGACUACAGAGAGAUCAACACGACGAAUGGGAUUCGGCUCCGAACGUGGAGUCGUCCGAACGCCAUAGAUACAACUGCAUUCGCGUUGGAGUCGGCCUCGUCACUCAUGACGCACUUUGAAGACUACUUCAGCAUCCCGUUUCAGAUAUCGAAAAUGGACAUGCUCGGUGUUCCCGAUUACGGACAUGGAGGAAUGGAGAACUGGGGAUUGGUAACCUACCCAGAAAGCGGACUAUUCUAUGACCCGGAUGUGGAUACUAGGUCAAGCCAGGAGAGUAUGCUUACAAUCAUUGCGCAUGAAAUUGCGCACCAGUGGUUCGGCAACCUCGUCACCAUGGAGUGGUGGGAUGACCUCUGGUUGAACGAAGGAUUUGGAACAUACUUCGGUUAUCUGGGUGCUGAUGCCCUUAAUCCGGAAAUGAUGUUGCUGGAAACAUUGAUUGCUUCUAACAACCACGCCGUUCUGAUUAGUGAUGCGCUCUCUACGUCGCAUCCUAUAAAGGUCCACGUGACGUCACCAUCAGAAAUCGACGAGCUUUUCGACGAUAUCUCCUAUAUCAAGGGAGCAGCUGUACUGCGCAUGCUCCAUGACAUGCUAGGUGAUGACGUAUUUCGAAGAGGGAUGCAGGGCUAUCUGAGAACCUUCCAAUACAGCAACGCUAACUCUGACCAGUUGUGGGAUGCACUCACUGAGGCUGACGUAGGGUUCGGCAACAUUGACGUAUGGCAGGUGAUGGACACCUGGAUCCUGCAGAUGGGCUACCCAUUGGUCAACUUGACCAGGCUGGACGAAACAACAAUAUCAGCCGUACAGCAGAGGUAUAUCGUAAAAAGCCAGGUGUCCGACCCGAGAGAAAGUCCAUACGGAUACGUUUGGUCUAUCUACCUUACACAUACCAAUAAUGGAUCAAGAAAUACCGAAAGUCCUCCCUCAGUUUGGAUAAGAGAUCAGGAAAUAAAUGAGUUCAGUUUAGCUGAUGGAGUAAGUGUGGAUGACUGGUAUCUAGCCAACAUCCACCAAUUCGGUUUCUUCCGAAUCAACUACGAGCCGGAGAAUUGGGCCAAACUUAUCCACCAACUCAACACUAAUCACGAGGCUAUUCCUGUUCUGAACCGGGCACAGCUAAUGGAAGAUUCCAUGAAUCUGGCCCUUAAUGGCCGCCUCCCGUUUUCAACUGCCUUCGAACUCACUAGAUACCUAAGGAACGAGUUCAAUUCCGCACCUUGGAAUGCUGUCCUCAGCUACUUGAUCAUCUUCCGGGAUAAUUUGGGUGCCACCGCCCUUCAAGGUCCAUACGAGAAAUAUCUCCGAGAGCUGACUAGCCGAGCAUAUGACGAGCUCCGACUCGAGAUUGACACUAAUCAGAUAUCACUCGAUAAAGCAAAGACAAGGGAACUCAUUGUACCAAUUGCCUGCAAGGUUAGGAAUCCCGAAUGCAGUCGUCAUGCUUUGGACCUGUUCGAGGAUUUCAGAACGACAUACAACCUUUCAGACCCGAGUAGUAAUGUUCUUGAAGUGAACUCACUGGAAACGCUGCUUUGUACGGCGAUCAGGGAAGGUUCCUACACGGAAUGGGACUACCUAUGGUCAUUGUAUAUGGAUCCUAGAUCUAGUACGACUCAGACAAAGAUGUGGAUAACCGCUCUGGCCUGUACGAUACGUCCUUGGCAGAUACAAAGACUGAUCGAGUACCCGAUGCAAAACCCAAUGACAGCACGUCAGAUCGGUUUCGUCCUCACCAAAGUUUCGAUAACUCCUGUCGGCCGGACGUUGGCAUGGGACUACAUCCGGCAGAACUGGGAUGCAAUACAGGACAUGUACGGAGGGGCAUAUAGGUGGAUAAUACUCCUUUUGUCCACAACCAGUGACUUUAAUACUAAAGCACAACUCGAAGAGCUGAUAGCCUUCGCCAAUUCGAGGGAUCUAGGAUUCGGCGCUACUGCAAUCCAUCGCUCUAUUGCUCUUACUCAACUCAACAUAGAACUUUUCGAGUCCAUCUAUCCCCAAGUACGGGCCUGGUUGGAAGCCUAUGAUCAGACCCACUGAAUUCUACGUCUACAAUAUAUUUGUUUUUUGUUUGUUCCUUCUCUCUCUCUCUCUCUCUCUCUCUCCUUGAGGAGCCAAUAUUUACUUUGAAUAUAAUCAUUGACAUACAGAAAAAAGACCCCCAAAAUACAACAUUAAAAUACACAGAAGAAGCAGACCCCUGUUACAUCGAAUCCAAACUUGUAACUCGGGGCGCCAUGAGAUAGGUAUCGGUAACGUUUUAUUUUGGUGUAAACGCACCAAAGGUCUUUGGAACCGCUUUUGUGCAAGUCUGGCCCUCUGGUCCGUCUUGUGAUAUGGACCAAGGCCCGUGUUUCACCAAAAUAUUUGUGCAAGGGGUCUUAGAUCCGAUGGUAAAAAAAUGAUUUAGCUUCACGUACUCUCUUGAAAAGUUUUACCCGAUGUGGUUGUAAAUAUGUGUGACUAAACCUGGGCCCCGUCUUAUAAAGAGUUGCGAUCGACCCGAAUCAAAAAAAAAUUUAAAAAAUCACAAGUCCUCUAAGUUUGCAGUUCCUUAUCUUUUACGUACAAUGGUUGCGAUUUUCGCAACUGUUUAUAAGACGGGGACCUCGACUCUAAUGUCGCGUUUCACCAUGGUUCGUUAUGUUUGAUAAGAAUCAACAAGUGAACAAUGCUCUCUUGAUUAUCAGUAUUCUAUUCGAAUGCAAAUUUAAUUAUUGUUUAAAUCUUCGGAAUCAUGUAAUUGAUUUUAAAAAAAGCUAUAAACUGAUUGCACUUCCAUCGGAUUUUGAUGAUGGAUAUUAACUUAAGUGAAUCGGUGAGCUAACCACAAACCGAUUCUUUUUCCCUCUGCGCUGUUAUGUGUUUUAAAAUCAUCAUAAUGUAUAAGCAUAUUUAUAUUUGGGGAUCCCGGCACAAUUCUUGUGCUUGAAGGGAAUUUCGCCUCUUUCCUCCACUUUCGUAAAUUUGAUAAUAUAUAUAUU